UGGAGCUAGGUAUGGCUAGGGUUUGAUUUCACACUGGGUUGUUUGGCCAGCUGGAAAAUAAUCAGCAUAGACGCGGUCGAAACCCGGGGGGCGCUUCAAUUCUAGUUAGUCUCUAGUCCACCCGAGAUUCGGGGACACAGCAAGCUGAGCAUACUCGCCUAGCGCGGGGGGACAAACUCGGAAUCAAACUUCAUUACAUAUGUCGCUGUAGCUAGCUAUUCUGAUCUUCAAACCGGCUAACGUAGACAGCUAGCUACAAUUUAUAUACCCCAUUUGUAUUAGCGAGACCAAAGACGGACAGAGCGAGCUAACUUACUGGCCAGGUAGCAUAGCAAGCUAACUAACGUACGUUGCUAGCUGGUCAGGAAGAAUACAGGACGUUGCAGUUGUUUUGCUCGUGUACCAUUUUAGCUAACUGGCUAGUCGAAGCGACUGCGGUUCAUUGUCAGUUUAACUCGCUGAUUCUUACCUGUGCGGUGGAGGGAAACUAGCCUACGCUAGGUAACAACCUAGAGUUGGCAAAGCAGCUUGCGGAUAACGUUUUCAUCCUCAUUACAGCUGAGGGUCGAUAGUCUAUUAUAGUUAAUGCUAUUUAACUAGCGAACGUUUUAUUUUUUUUCUUCAUCUAAAGAAGACGUUUAGGCUGCUGCUAUCUGCGUGGCCGAAGUUUGGUAGAAUCUCCGGACUAGAUUUACCGUCUACUUGUGGGAACAAACCUCGCUUUGGGCAGAGCUUUAGCUAGUAGAGCCCUCUAACUUGACAGCUCAUCCUACCACUGCACAGCUCAGUGUGAUUGGCAAACCACUUCUCCAUUGAGUGGAGUAGGCGUACCAAUGUAGAUAGCUUGUGAAUGCAGGGUUACUUUUUCACGUGAAUAGCUGUUAUUUCAGAUACUUGUGAAUCGGGAACUUUGCUUUCAACUCUAACGUCUCACUCGGAGUCCAAGGCAGGCGGGCGUCCUAAUAUGCCGCGGUGCCGGAAUUCUGUCGCCACGACGCCAGACGAGCAGCCACACAUUGGCAACUACCGGCUGCUGAAAACCAUCGGCAAGGGCAACUUUGCCAAGGUCAAACUGGCCCGUCAUGUCCUCACAGGGAAAGAGGUUGCUGUGAAAAUCAUAGACAAAACACAGCUCAACUCUUCCAGUCUCCAAAAGCUGUUUCGUGAAGUGAGGAUCAUGAAGCUGCUCAAUCACCCAAAUAUCGUAAAGUUAUUUGAAGUUAUUGAGACAGAGAAGACGCUGUACUUGAUCAUGGAGUAUGCCAGUGGAGGUGAGGUGUUUGAUUACCUUGUUGCUCACGGGAGAAUGAAAGAGAAAGAGGCCAGAGCCAAAUUUAGACAGAUAGUGUCAGCGGUACAGUACUGCCACCAGAAGUGCAUCGUACACAGAGACCUAAAGGCAGAGAACCUACUCCUAGAUGCUGACAUGAACAUCAAGAUAGCAGACUUUGGUUUCAGUAAUGAGUUCACCAUGGGGAACAAGCUGGACACGUUCUGUGGCUCUCCUCCAUACGCCGCCCCGGAGCUGUUCCAGGGGAAGAAAUAUGACGGGCCCGAGGUGGACGUCUGGAGCCUGGGGGUCAUCCUCUACACACUGGUCAGCGGAUCCCUGCCUUUCGACGGACAGAACCUAAAGGAGCUGCGCGAACGGGUUUUGCGGGGGAAGUAUAGGAUUCCCUUCUACAUGUCAACAGACUGCGAGAACCUGCUCAAAAAGUUCCUAAUUCUCAACCCAACCAAGAGGGGCAGCCUGGAGCAGCAGAUCAUGAAGGACCGAUGGAUGAAUGUAGGUCAUGAGGAGGAGGAGCUGAAGCCCUUCAUCGAGCCCCAGCCAGACUACAAGGACCCCAAGAGGACAGGUCAGCACCCCGACCGAGCGGGGGGGUGGAAGAGAGAUAUCAUGUUGCAGAUGGGCUACUCUGCAGAGGAGAUCCAGGACUCGCUCGUCAACCAAAAAUACAAUGAAGUCAUGGCCACAUAUCUAUUACUGGAUUAUAGGAACUCGGAGAUGGAUGAAUGCAUCAGCCUAUCAAUGACACCCCGCCCAGGAAGUGACCUCACAAACAGCAAUUCCCAAUCCCCUUCUCACAAGGUACAGCGCAGUACCUCAUCCAAUCAGAAGCCCCGGAGAGCAACAGAUGCAGGUUCUUCUGCUUCCAAGCGUUCCCAGGGCGACAACAAGCACACAGCAGAGGAUUAUGGGAGGAAAGGUUCUGGCACUGGCAGCUCCACUAAAGUUCCUCCCAGUCCCUUAGCUACAGCAGAUCGUAAGAGGAGCACCCCGACCCCCUCUACCAACAGCAUCCUGUCCACUGGUACGAGUCGCAGUCGAAACUCGCCAGUCCCAGAGAGAGCCACACUUGGGGUCCAGAACGGAAUGGACAGCACUGCCCCUCUGAGAGUACCAGUGGCGUCUCCCUCUGCCCACAACAUCAGCAGUUCCACGGUGACGGACCGAUCCAACUUCCCCAGAAAUGUGGCCACCAGAAGCACUUUCAGUGCCGGGCAGCAGAGGGCGACACGGGACCAGCAUGCCUCCACCUACAAUGGUCCCCCAGCAUCCCCCUCCCUUUCCUAUGGGAACAGCCAGGCUCGAAGAGUGGGGGGCACUGGUAUCUUCAGCAAGUUCACAUCUAAAUUUGUGCGCAGAAAUCUCUCAUUCAGAUUCCCCAGAAGGAGCCCGUAUGAGGGAGAGGGUCGAGAUGAGGCCAGCAGACCCAUGUUGACCACUGCUGAGAAGCUAGAGAAGGGCACCCUGGGCUCUGCAGGAGAUGAGAAGAAGGACUCCCUGUCCUCCACCUCUACGGUGCCCAGCACCACGACCCCAGGCCUGACCUCCAAGGACAACAAGCCCCGCUCGCUGCGCUUCACCUGGAGCAUGAAGACCACCUCCUCCAUGGAGCCCAACGAGAUGAUGAAGGAGAUCCGGAAGGUUCUGGACUCCAACAGCUGCCAGUAUGAGCUGCGAGAGCGCUACAUGCUGCUGUGUGUGUCUGGGACUCCCGCCCGUGACGACUUUGUCGAGUGGGAGAUGGAGGUGUGCAAGCUGCCCCGCCUCUCCCUUAACGGGGUUCGCUUUAAGCGCAUUUCUGGCACAUCCAUUGCCUUCAAGAACAUUGCCUCCAAGGUUGCCAAUGAGCUCAAACUGUGAGCUUUUGGAAGAGGAGUAGUGAUGAAAGCAAGGAGGGGGAUGGAGACAGACUGGAGCACAAAGGCAAAAAGGCUGAACUUUGAGACUGAACUGAGAGCUUUUGAGAUGAAGGCAAAGGAGCAUGGAGAGACUUUGU